UCAUGUGAUCAUUCCUUUUGCCGGUUCCACUUGUUCGCUCCAUCCAAGAUGUCAUCUGUAUGCUCCUCUGUUGUUUGUGGCGACAGUCUGUGAGAUGGGAUGCAGCUAAAUCACAGAUGAGAAAUGGAUCGAUGGAUUGAACAACUGCACGCUGGGACAACAGAAAAUUUAUCAGAAUGACAGGCCCAGAGUUGGAUUCACACAGGUUGUCUGUAAAAACAUGGAUGGACGAGGAGAGUGAUCGCCCUGAAAGUACACUUAGCAGAGGACAGUCGAUAUGUGAUGACACCUCUUCAGAGCUGCAGAGAAUGGCAGCCAUUGAAAGGAGGGACAUGAAUUCACAGAAUUCCUUUCGGGGGCGUGGGGCUUUGUCCAGGAUAGUCAGUAUGGUGAUGACACUGAGAGAGUGGGCUCAGAAAAGUUUAACAGAGGAGACAGAGCGACCAGAUUCGUUUUUGGAGCGUUUCAGGGGUCCUGCCAACAUGGAAAUGCAGGCCCCAUCCAGUGGGUUUAGCCACAGCAAUGCAGGGUCCAACACGGAGAAUGAAAUCAGACACUCCAGACGCAAGAGGAGGAUGUGUAACGUUGUGGUUCUGGCCCCAUCUGAUGAUACCUACUACCACUGGCUGAUAGUGAUUGGCACUGCUGUUUUUUAUAACUGUACCCUUUUAGUUGUCAGGUGGGGAUAUGAUUUUAUGAAUUGCAGCUCUACCCUAAAGGCCUGUUUUGAUGAGCUCCAGAUGAGCAAGGUUCUGGUCUGGUUGGUUCUGGACUACAUCUGUGAUGGAGUCUAUAUCUUGGAUAUUGCUGUUCGUCUCCACACAGGUUUCUUGGAUCAAGGCUUGUUGGUUAAAGAUGUGCGUCGUCUAAGAGAAACCUACGUUGGAACUCUACAGUGUAAACUUGACAUCUGCUCCAUCCUUCCGACUGAUCUCCUGUACCUAAUCGUGGGGACCAGCUACACUCCUCUGCUUCGCUUCAACCGCCUGCUGCGGCUACCUCGUCUCUUUGAGUUAUUUGAACGAACAGAGACUCGAACAGGUUAUCCCAAUGCUUUCCGGAUCUGUAAGCUGGUCCUAUACAUCCUGGUCAUCAUCCACUGGAAUGCUUGUGGAUACUAUAGCUUCUCCAAAGUCCUUGGACUGGGCUCUGAUUCGUGGGUCUAUCCCAAUGCCUCUGAUCCUGAAUUUGGCUCCUUGGCCCGGAGUUACAUUUACUGUCUGUACUGGUCGACCCUGACACUGACCACCAUUGGAGAGACACCUCCCCCAGUCAGAGAUGAGGAAUAUCUGUUCUUGAUAUUUGACUUUUUGGUCGGUGUGCUGAUUUUCGCCUCUAUUGUCGGUAACGUUGGAUCCAUGAUCUCCAACAUGAAUGCAACAAGAGCAACGUUUCAAACUCGCGUAGAUGCGCUCAAACACUACAUGCACUUCAGACAUGUCAGCAAAGUGCUGGAGCAGCGUGUCAUUAGUUGGUUUGACUAUCUCUGGACCAAUCAGAAGACCGUAGAUGAACUAGAAGUGCUGAGGAACUUGCCCAAUAAACUGAGAGCAGAAAUUGCUAUAAAUGUUCACCUGGACACGCUGAAGAAGGUGCGCAUUUUCCAAGACUGUGAGGCAGGACUUCUUGUAGAAUUGGUGUUAAAACUCCGGCCGCAAGUUUUCAGUCCUGGCGACUACAUCUGUAGAAAGGGUGACGUGGGUAAGGAGAUGUACAUAAUUAAAGAAGGCCACCUGGCGGUGGUGGGAGAUGAUGGAGUCACCCAGUUUGCUGUCCUUACUGCUGGGAGUUGCUUCGGAGAAAUCAGUAUCCUGAACAUCAGUGGUAGCAAAAUGGGGAACAGACGAACGGCUAAUAUUCGGAGUCUGGGAUACUCUGACCUGUUCUGCCUUUCUAAACAAGACCUGAUGGAGGCACUUCAGGAGUUUCCUCAUGCCAGGGCCCAACUGGAGCAAAGGGGAAGGGACAUCUUGCAGAAGGAGGGGCUUCUGGAGGAGGUGAACAUAUCUGCAGGGGAAGAGUUGGAGGAGAAAGUGGAGCGGUUGGAAACCAGCCUGGAUCGACUGCAGAGUGAGUUCAACUCAGCCCAGCUUCGCCUGAAGCAGCGACUCACAGCCCUGGAACACAACAUCACCACUGUGGCCACUGGCAGUGGCUUCCUGUCAGACGCAGAUGGCACUGAUAGCGUUUAUGGCUGUGACGAAAUGGAAAUCUACAUGUUGUUAUGCUGCAUGCUGGUAGCUUAUGUGACACCAGUUUUUGCAGAACAAGUGAGGCAGCCUGGUUUCAUGGAGAGCAUCCUGCUGUCAAUCCACCAGCGUCCCUGGCUCAUGGGUGUUUAUGUCAUUGUUGUUGGACUUCCGAUCAUACUCUUCAUCAGCUUCAUGUGGCCUGACAAGAGGUUUGGACCACCAGACCAACCUUAUUACUACAAGAAAUCCGAUGAUGUCCAGCCAGAUGAUCAAGAACUCUCACCACUGAGAAGUUCAGCAGAAGUCAGAGGAUCACGAAUCAGUGAAGGUACCUCAGAGGUGGAAGCAUCAUCAUUUCAAAAAAGGGUGGUGUACAAACGUUGAGGAUCAGUGAACUACGUUGUGGGGUUUGUUUACCCAGACCACACAGCAUCAGUGGAUUUGAGGUGGAUCAUAUAUUGUGAAUAGAUGAAACGGAGGAUUUUAUACAUUGCAAUGAAGUUCAGUUUACCUGGGGGAAAAAAAAAAAGCUAAACUGAAAAAAAUGGCCUAAAAGAGUAUGUCUGAAUGUCAAAUGUAAAAUAUUAGAAUGUUGAAAUCAUUCCUAAGAUACUACUCUUGCAUCCUAACAGUUUCUGUUUUUGUGUAUGAGUCAGACCACUUCAUUAUAUUUGAGCUUUACACUCCAGUCAUGUAUUAUUAAUAAAAAUCAAUUUAACACAAAAA